UCAGUGUCCCUGUCCAUCAGCCUCAGAGCCAGGUCCAGCUGUGCCGAGAUGGGGCUGGCCCAGCCAGGACUGUGGCUGAAGAGGCUCUGGGUACUCUUGCAGGUGGCCCUGCAUGUGGCCUUGGGCAAAGUACAACUAAAACUGUUUCCCGAGAGAGUCAAGCAGAAUAUCUUGGCCAUGAACCGGAAGAACCCACACUUCUCCUAUGAAAACUGGGUUCCGACCCUCUUUGGCAUCCAGUAUUUCUGGUUUCUCCUGAAGGUUCGUUGGCAACGAUUGGAGGACAAGACUGAGGAAGGGGGUCUAGCCCCAAACUGCCCCGUGGUUCGCCUCUCAGGACAGACGUGUAACAUUUGGGACUUCAUGCAAGGGUCCUGCUCUCCUGCCUCUCCAUCUGUGAAACCAUCUCAGAUGCUUACAGCUGGGCACGUGCUCUCUCUGUUGUGGGUUCAUGGCCCUCCGUCUGCACAUCUCCUUGGACUCUGGUCGUUCCUCCUCAGCCUCAGACAGCCUAAGCACGAGAGUGUUUUCUUCUUGCUCAAUGGUUGUCUUGCAACAGGCAACAGGCCGCUGGUGCUGAAUUUUGGAAGUUGCACCUGACCUUCAUUUCUUUUCAAAUUUGACCAAUUCAAUAGACUUAUUGAAGACUUUAGUUCCGUAGCAGAUUUUCUCGUCAUUUACAUUGAAGAAGCACAUGCAUCAGAUGGCUGGGCUUUUAAGAACAACGUGGUCAUCAGGAAACACCGGAACCUCCAGGACCGCCUCCAGGCAGCUCACCGGCUGCUGGAGAAGAGCCCCCAGUGCCCUGUGGUGGUGGACACAAUGAAGAACCAGAGCAGCCAGCUCUACGCGGCUCUGCCAGACAGGUUCUACGUGCUCCAGGAGGGCAGGAUCCUCUAUAAGGGUAAACCUGGCCCUUGGAACUAUCAUCCCGAGGAGGUUCGUGCUGUUCUGGAAAAGCUCCACAGUUAAUCUGGACAGAUCCCCCAGUUCCAAGUGACCAAGAGGAGGACUCCUCAAGGGCUGGCUCUCCCCGCAACCCAGCUGGAUUUUACCUCUUGACCUGUAUCCCUAGUUGAAUUCCUAGCUCAAAUUUUUCUGAUCUGAGCAAACAAUUUUAUAAUCAGAAAAUGAAGCAGCCAGAGAGCUGAGUGUUAAGGAAUGUACAGGUCCACACAGCCUCCGCUGUGGAGGCCGCUUUCAGUGCACGAUGUCUCAGAGGGUGACAGCAGCGGUACUCCGCGGGCGAGGGGCUUCUGAAGGGUGGUCUCUCUGCAGUCGCUCUAAUACCGAGGGGUUAGAUAUGGCAUCCCUUACACUAGGUAAAUGCACUUGACCAAGUUGGCCAUUUAUGGCGUUGACAUUUAAUACACUGAACUGGUUUUUUAGAACCAAGCAUGGGGAGAACUCCAAGUGUUUAGAGAGAGACGAGGAAUUGGUAAAGGAGGGAGAAGGGGUGCGAGGAGAGAGUAAGGAUGGUGAUACUUUCCCUGCCAAAAGACCGAAAAACCAGUCAGUGGUGGUGGUCGUGAGGGGUGUUUCCAUGGUAACACAUCUCCAACUCUACCAUAGAAGAGGAGGUUACUCGCUUUACAAUCUUUUAAUAUAUUUCAAAGAAAUCUGGCUCUGGAACCUUUUACUAUCUUAUCCACAGAGUUGAUACUAGGGGGCGGGGAGGACUGACUUCCCCAAAACAUGAUAACCUUGACCAAACUGGACAACAGGCACCAGCAAAGUGCAUUCAGUUAUGCAGAAACUCACACCUGAAGUUCUAUUUCUCAGAUUCCUUUUUUGCAAGUCUCCUAAUCGUGAUUUGUGUUAAAUUAUGUCAGAUGAAUGAAUAACCAUUGGUAUUCACCCGUUUUAACUCUGCUUCUUUUCAUAUUUGUUUAUGAUGGCCACGGCCCAAAGUACAUACGGCUGUGACCUGAUUUGAAAACAAAAUAUUUUAAGAUGCAGAAAGCUAAUACAGAAUGAUUAAAAUAUAUCAGCCCAUUCAAGAUCGCUGUAGUGUGAUCUUUGUAUCUUCUUCUCUAACUUGUGUCCACCUGCACAGUAAUCUGAUCAGCAAAAACACCACGUUCUGGAAGGGCCUUGUGUGAAGGGGAGAACGCUCAGUCUCUAUGCUACAUGUCCAGUGUGGCUCUGUCUUGGAAACUCCCACUGGGGAAUUCUUCUACCCUGGACGCAAACUACCUUCACAACAUGACAAAAGGAAUGGACUUAGGAGACAUUUUUCUAACAUGAAAACACAUUCUCCUUGGCUCUGCCUUCAUUUCUACAAUGUUAAUAUUAUUAAUGUGCUAUUUCACUUUUAAAACUAGCUAUCUUUAGUCAUCUACCAGACACAGGCUCUUUCAGAUGUUAUUUAAUCUCUAUAUAUCUCAGAGAGGAGAUUAUGAUCCCAAUUUUACAAACAAGGAAAUCAGAGCCCCACUCUAAGUAAUUUGUGGAGGGUCUCAGACAAACCCUCUGUUAUUGGUAAAUAACAAGCUGAGAUUCUAACUUCAAGGCUAGAGUCCUGGCUCUAUGCCUGGCUAGCUAUGUGUCCUUGGUUAAGAUGCCUUGGUACCUAGAACUAUAAGGGGACAUCCUAUUAUAGAGUAGUGCCUACCCCACGGAGAGGAUUCGUGAGUAAAGCACUCAGAACCAUGGCUGGCUUGAAGAAAAUUCCACGGAAGCGUUGGCUAUUACCAUUAAUAUCAUUGUUGUGGUUCCACGACUGCCUCCUUGGCCUCCCUUUUAAGGGCUGAUGUAUGGAAAGAAAAUAGGACAGCAGGGACACGAUAAAAAUUCUUCAACUUCCGCCAAGAUGGAGGCAUAGGUGGAAGCACUGUACCUUCUCUCACAACCAAGUUUAAAAACAACAAAGUUUUAACAACAAAAAUGCAGCCAAACAACAGAAAAUUGAACUAUACGGAAGUCUGACAACAAUGAACCCUCCAGCCAAACCAGUAAUAGGGGCAGAGCCAGCAGCAGAGUGGGGUCAGGCAGGAAAGAUCCACCAGACCAAACAGAACACGACCCAGGCUGGCAGCAGUGGGCGGAUCCCAGGUGUGGAGUAGCAGUGGGUGAACCCACUGAGGGCUGACCAAGGUCACACAUUUGUGUACAGAUAAUUGGAGAAGGAGCAUGCGGUGAGACUGAGACAGACCACACAGGCUCCAGCUGAGAGGGGACUGCCAUUGUCCCUCUCUGACUCCGCCCCCACAUACAGCAUCACAAAUCAGCGACCUGGGUGGCCCUGCCCUGGUGAACACCUAAGGCUCCGCUCCUCAUACCAAACAGGUGCAAACAGAGCAAACCAUUAUGGCUCAAGAAGAACAGCUCAAAGCCCCAGAGCCAAUAACUCUAAGCGAUGAAGAAAUAGCCAAACUCUCAGAUACACAGUUCAAAACACUGGUGUUUAGGAUGCUCACAGAACUGGUUGAUUUUAGCCACAAAUUAGAGGAACACAUGAAGGCUAAACUAAUUGAAAUGAAGGGAAAUACACAGGAAACCAAUAGUAGUGGAAAGGAAACUGGGACUCAGAUCAAGGGAGUAAACCAGAAGGAAGAAGAAAAUGACCAAACAGAAAAGGAUGAAGAAACAAGAAUUCAAAAAAAUGAGGAGAGGCUUAGGAACCUCCAGGACAUCUUUAAACGAAUUAUAGGGAUACCAGAAGGGGAAGAGGAACAGCCACAAGUGGACAAUUUAUUUGAACAAAUAAUUAAGGAGAACUUCCCCAAUCUGGCUAAGGAAAUAGACUUCCAGGAAAUCCAGGAAGCUCAGAGAGUCCCAAAGAAGUUGGACCCAAGAAGGAACAUACCAAGGCACAUCAUCAUUACAUUAGCCAAGAUUAAAAUGAAGGAGAGAAUCCUAGAAGCAGCAAGAAAUAAGGGGACAGUUAUCUACAAAGGAGUUCCCAUCAGACUGUCAGCAGAUUUCUCAAAAGAGACCUUACAGGCAAGAAGGGGCUGGAAAGAAGUAUUCCAAGUCAUGAAAUCCAAAGACCUAUAUCCAAGAUUGCUCUAUCCAGCAAAACUUUCAUUUAGAAUGGAAGGGCAGAUAAAGUGCUUCUCAGAUAAGGUCAAAUUCAAGGAGUUCAUCAUCAUCAAGCCCUUAUUAUAUGAAAUGUUAAAGGGACUUAUCUAAGAAAAAGAAGAUAAAAAAGAUGAACAGUGAAAGGACAGCAAACUCACAGUUAUCAACAACCACACCUAAAACAAAAGCAAACUAAGAAGACAGCUAGAUCAGGAGCAAACCAUAAAAAUGAAGAUCACAUGGAGGGUUAGCAACAGGGGAAUGGGAGAAGGAGAAGGGGGGAGAAGG